GUGUAUUAGUGGUACUCUAACAGCUGGAAACAUCCUGCAAUCGCAAUCGCUAUCGAACAAACCUCCCAUGUUGCCGAUCACCAGUUCAUCUUCUGCGAAAUCAACUACAACGCUCGCUGGAACCACUUCUCAUCUUUCCCCGGUAGGAGCUUCAGCCUCCACGUCCUCCCACGGCAAUAAUAAACUUCUGACCGGGGCAGACCUGGCAGCUUUGUUGAAACGAUACCUGAAUGCGGUUUCGACCAGGUUGAAAAACACCACUUCUACAGGAGGCUCUGGAACAUCAAGUGGAAUUACAAGUAGUUCAAGUGGCAACUACAACUCGGGGGCGCCAACAAGAGACAUUAAUACCUCCACCUACAACAACCAAGUCUCUCUGUCCGAGGUAAUUCCAACCCACAAAGAGCUGCUGACUCAGCUCGCAGGCGAGCGGUGCAUCAAGGGCGCGCUGGAGUAUUUUGGGGGCUGUAUCAGUCGCGACAUUGUCCUGCCCUCCGAGCUAUGAAUUGCAAAAAUGUCUGGGUCUGGAACAUGGCAACUUGUCAUGCCAGGUCUGAAUCAUGCAAAAAUCUGUGUUGCAUGAUUCCCAAAAGCUGUCCACUUUUGUCCAAGUUGGGAGGCAGUUUCUCAUGCAGGAAAUGCAUGCCAGAGAUCUCACAGAAUCUGUCAUGCUAGGUCCUGCAUUCCAGACCUCAUGGGUCAUGUAAAACCUGCAUGACAGACUUGCAUUCUUGCAGACCCAGACAUUUUUACAUUUGAUACGAGCAUUUUGAAGAAGAGGUGUUUUCCAUUCUGGAAAACGCGCGGGAGUUUUUGAUUCAGAACUUGGAGUAUCAAAUGCAAAAGUGUCUGGGUCUGGAAGAAUGCAAUUUGUAAUGCUGUCUGCGAAUUCUAAAAGUAUCUGUGUUGCAUGAGCAGCAAGAGGAGUCAGUUCUUGGCACGCGGAGAGGACAUUAUUUCUCAUGCGUAAUUAGCAUGAAGAAGCCCUCAAAAAAUCUGUGAUGCUAGCGCCAGAAGAAGAAGCCCUCAAAAUGUGCAUGACAAUCCCCGACUCUUCCAGACCCAGACAUUUUUGCAAUGCAUAUGGAGCAAAACAGCAUCUCCAUCGAGUCAGGGGACAUGGAAAAAUACUUGUCCAUUUUCGACAAAAAAGUGGGAAACAAGUUUGAGACAAAGUUUUUACCGCUCGGAACCAGCUCCGCGGGCGGGAUAUCCUGUGCAAAAGUAUCGUACUCCUAGUAAUCGCAGUCAUGCGUUACAAAUCUUCAUCCCAAGGUAAAACAUAAACAGCAUGAUAAAUUCCAUUUGUCAUGCUGAGCUAAUAAUUUGUCAUGCGAUUUAUACGACUACGAUACUUUUGCACAGAAUACGGGACUGUGAAUCACAAUCAUCUUCGUGCUGGGGGUAGUGGCGGCGGUAGCGCGGCCCAUCAUCAUCCUUACAAGGGGGGCGGCCUAUCGCGGCAAAACACGAAAGGAAGCACAGCAGGUGCCGCCGGCUCUAGUAUUUCUCUGAAAACUCCGAAGCACCAGGACCGAGCAACGGGUGGGAGUCGGAAUGGUGGCGUCGACUCGUCGAGGAGCAACAGCAUGGUUGUCCAGGAACAGGAUGAACACAACAGCUCCGAUAUUACAAUGAAAAAUGCCCCCUCCCCAUACCAAAACGGGAAUCUGUGAUGCAGAUUUGUGGUCACAAAUCAGCUUAGUGAUGCUAGAAGGCAAAAGAUGCGGACUGUAGUGCUGCCUAGCGUGGCGGGAAAGCCUCGCAGCUCCAGGAUGACAGGAGGCAACUGGAAGUGGGAAACAGCAUGACAGAUUACCUGCAAUUUAGGCCGCAGCUUCGUUUCUUGGCCUUCUAGCAAUACAAGUCGAUUUGUGUACUCAAAUACAGCAUCACAAAUUCGCGCAUCUUCCGUUUCCGAUAUGGGGUGGGGGCUUUUUUCACUUUGAUAUUCGAGGUCGUUGGCCGCGGUGGAGCAGAUGCGGUAGUACCUUCCGUAGCCCAAGAGCAGCAGUCGGCGCACGGGACGCCGUCGCUGACCUUGAUG